UUCUUCCAGAAGGUCAUCCAGAAUGGGGGUCUGGAGGGACCCUUUUCCCGGGGGAUGACUGGCCGGAUUGGACUGACCCAGCUUAUUGCCGAGUUUGAAAAAGACUGCAAGGAAGCAGCCGCUGCCUCCGGAAAGCCCCUCCCAGAAGGCUUCUCCAUGGCUCAGAUCUUUGAAGAAAUGGCAACCAGCGACACCUGGAAUGCACCCAUCCUGCAAGCUGCGCUGACCCUCAAAAACCAUGGCUUCAGGAUCGCUGUGCUGACGAACAACUGGGUGGACGACUCCCCCCACAGGCACCGCACGGGGCUCGCCCUCUGCCUGCUGCGGAGAUACUUCGACGGGGUGAUCGAGUCGUGUCGCAUUGGGCUGCAGAAGCCGGAUCCCAAGAUCUACGAGUAUGCGCUGGACCAGCUGAAGGCAAAACCCGAGGAGGUGAUAUUCCUGGAUGACAUCGGCGCGAACCUGAAGCCUGCGCGCGCGAUGGGGAUCGCCACCAUCCUCGUGAGAGACACCGACUCUGCUCUGAAGGAGCUGCAGCAUCUGACUGGGGUUCAGCUUCUCAACCAAGAAGAAAACGUACCUCCUGCGUGUGAGCCAGACAGUGUGGCCCACGGCUAUGUCACCAUCAAGCCCCAGACCAAGUUGCACUUCGUGGAGAUGGGGAGCGGGCCCGUCGUUUGCCUCUGCCACGGCUUCCCGGAGAGCUGGUUUUCUUGGAGGUACCAGAUCCCUGCCCUGGCGGAUGCUGGCUUCCGUGUCAUCGCCUUGGAAAUGAAAGGCUACGGAGAUUCCACGGCGCCAGCAGCUGUCGAAGAAUAUUCCCAGGAGGAAAUAUGCAAGGAUCUGGUGAUCUUCCUGGACAAAAUGGGCAUCUCCCAGGCCACCUUCGUUGGCCACGACUGGGGUGGCGCCACGGUGUGGGGCAUGGCUCUCUUUUACCCAGAGCGGGUCAGGGCCGUGGCGGGGCUGAAUACGCCCUACAGGCCGGCAGACCCUGAAGUGGAUAUCAUGAAGCUGACGGAGUCCCACCCGGUCUUUGAUUAUCAGCUCUACUUCCAGGAGCCGGGAGUUGCGGAGGCCGAGCUGGGCAAGGACGUGAGGAGGACCCUGCAGAUCAUGGUGCGGUCAGUCAGGAAGGAGGACCACAUGGAGAAUCGCUCCAUCAAUCUCUUCAACGUGCGGAAGCGAGGAGGGCUGCUGGUUGGGCUUCCAGAGAAUCCUCCUCCAAGCUCCCUCCUGCCGCCCCCGGUGCUCCAGUACUACGUCGAGCAGUACCAGAAAUCCGGAUUCAGGGGGCCGCUGAACUGGUACCGGAACCUUCGGGAAAACUGGCGCUGGAACGCCACCGCGCGGGACAGGAAGAUCCACGUCCCCGCGCUGAUGGUCACGGCUGGGAAGGACAUCGUCCUCCACCCGAAGAUGAGCGAGCGCAUGGAGGAAUGGAUCCCACAGCUCAGCCGGGGCCACAUCGAGAACUGUGGGCACUUCACCCAGAUGGAGAGGCCGGCUGCACUGAACAAAAUCCUGAUCGAGUGGCUGCAGAAGGUCCACAAGCGCCCCACGCUGCAAGCAGCUGCUAAGCUCUGAGCCACGUCCCGUCCCGUCCCAUCCCGGCACCCAUCCCUGCGGAAUCGCCGCCAGCCGUCUCGGAAGCGGGGAGGCAGGUUCGGGGAAGGACAGGCUGUCUGGCGUUUUCUCUCUCAAUGCUCUGAGCAAUGAAAUGUGUUCCCGUCUUGAUGAGAUACAGAAAUCUGACGUACGGGAAGGGCAGAGUCGGGAGCAACAGGAAACAGGCUAAAUGGAAGCACAGCGCUUGAGCAGCCUCGUGGUCCUCUAUUCCUUUCGCCGCCACUGAAACCUAACGAGAGGGAAGAAAGUAAAUUCCUGGGCCAAGGCAAUUCGCAGGGGCCUGCCUGGCACGCCACCUUCCUCUCCCGGUGAUCUGGCAACCAGCUGCUUGCUCUCCUUCGCCUCCUGCACGCGGCUUCAGCCCCUGGUUGCCGAACGCUGCAGCUCCGCUCUGCCCUUGGAUUCAUGGUUUGCAAUCAUGGCCCUUUCUGUGUGCUUAAACCCCGGUUCCCUGGUUGUGGGGGCCAGGGGGCUCAUCUUUCCUGAAGCCAAUGGAGAGGGAGUAGUCAAAUUCCUUUCUUCCAGAUCCAGCAAAUCAUGGUUUUUCUGUCUGAUCCAGCGUUUGCUUUACCUUUGUUGCACGGAGUCUUCUCCAUGCCCCCCCCCCCCGGUACACCCCACAACCAACCACCCUGGGAAGUGGUGUGCAGCAUCGCAUCUGCCUUCCAACACUCAAUGACAGCUGCUGGAGCCGAGGUCUUUCAGCCACUCAACCCAGGCAGAAGAGCCGGGAGAGAGAGAGCCGAUAAUGCAAAGGUCACGAAACCUGGAGCUCUAGUGCUCACCUUCGUAACUGAUUUACCCAACCUGGUAUUUUCUCCUCCUCGUAGCCCAGACUCCUUAAGGUGAAGGCCUUUCCAAGCCUGGAUUCCAGAAGCCCUUUAACCUGGCCUGUAUUUAUACUUCGAUUGUACAGGCACACAAUGUUUGCAGUGCCAAAUUCUGCUUCUGGAUCAGGCUGGCUCCGAUUUUACAUUUUUUAAAGGCUGCCAAGUCUCCAGUCCUUAAGGUCUGGAAGGCACUCUUGCAGGCGUGUGGGUGUGCCAAGCAUGCCGAAAUCCCAGAAGCCACGGAGGUGGGUGAGUUACAUUUCAGGGAUCGAUUGGAGGAGGUGUCUUUUGGGCCACUGACCUUUUGGCUUCCCCACACCAGCAAAGCAGGAAUGAGCUAGAAUUCCUGCUCCGGAACUUUCACUGUGAAUUCAUGUAGAGAAUUUCAGCGUGGCCCUUCCUAGCUGCGGGGUCCGAGGGGUGAGUUCGGGGCCUCCUUUUUACCUACCCAAUACGUGCCUUUCUCUCCAGCCCCACCGCUGCCCCAGAGUGCUUGCGGGAUCAAAUUGGUGAUAAUUCCGAGCAGUAAUCUUGCUCCUCUGAUUCUGAUUGUGCUUUUAUCCCCUGCUGCAUCUAUGGCUGAGAGAGCUGCUGGCGGAAACAGGUGACCGGAAUAAAGGUCUUAUGAUCAACGUC